UACAUCUAGAAAAGGUGAAGGGACGAGGUACAAACAGCAGCAGAGAGUAAAAAGUGAAAAAGGACGGUCUCUGCAAUGGCGUCCAGUCUGAUUCCUGGAUGUCAGGUGAUGAGUGAUCUCCUGACAAUUCGUGAGAAAGGUGUCAUCUCGACUCUGCUCCAACCCCAGCAUGAGCUGAUCAAAAGUACAGUAGCGCAGGUUCUAGUGGCUAAAGAGAACCAGGAUGGGGGUCCAGGCUGGAGUUGUUUGGAUUGCGGAGUGGUGUGUCUCAUCGAAGAUCAGUCUGUGCACUCUUACUUCCUGCAUCUCUAUUGUGUCAAGCGAGCCAAGUUACUGUGGGAGCAGGAGAUUUACAUCCCAUUCGAGUACACCGCAACUAAUGCGUUCUUCCACACUUUCCCUGCAGAUAGCCACCAGGCAGGCUUCAACUUUGCAAAUGAGGCAGAGGCAGAGGAAUUUCAUCUGGCGGUGAAGGCUGUCCAAAGAAAGCAAGAAAAGAUGAAAGGGAUGAUUCAAAUGACAAACAUUGAUAAAAAGGACAACUCAACAUGUGACCUAGCAGCUCCAGGAGUGAAACCAGCGGAUGCACCAUCUACAACAGUUACACCAACAGCUAUUUCAGAUCUGGACCCCACUAUGAGAAAGCUGUUGAUGCGAGCACAACUCACUAAAGAGGAUCUGAAAGACAAAGACAUCGCCGAGGCUGUUGACUGCAUCAUCAACCAGUUUGGAGGACUGAAGGCAGUGCAGAGAGAGUUGAGGAGCAGAGGCCCGGCCUCUCAGACAUUACCAAAAGGUGCAAGGGUGUCCCUCUCCCUUGCUCUGAAAAAAGGGCCUUUGCCACCGCCACCCAUUAAGAGCAGCACCACCUUCCAGCAGACACCUCAGGGCACUGACACACAAGACCAGAGUCCUCUUGCUGCUUGGAUUCCUCCUCCUAAAUCUGCUCCUCCUCCAGUUCCAGAGAGGAUCAGAAAGAGUGCAAGUUUCAAAUAUGUGGGUUCUCCAACAGCUUCAGGUAGAAGUGAGCAGAUCCUGUCUGCACUGAGAGAAGUUUUCAAACAAAAGCAGCUGCUCCAGCGAAGCUCAAGAGAAGAAGGAAAUCAAAUGGAGCCGGAUAGUAACAAAGAGGAACAACGAUAAGAAGCAUCAAACUGCUGGAAAACAUGUUUUUAAAUAUGCAGCGUAUGAUACGCUCAUUAAACAUCUGUGAUACAUCUGAGUUGGGGUUUUUUUGUUGUUGUUGUUGCUGUUUUUUCUUACAAAAGGAAAUGGCUGGAUUAAUCUGUUAUGGGGCCCUGGGGCAAAAAUGUACAGUUUUGCCCCUGUUGACACCCCCGUUCACACAUUUUGAUGUUUCUACACUUUAAUCUUAAGUGUAGUUUCUAAGUUUGCUGCUCCUAUUGUUCUAUGCUUGUUUUUAUUGCUUUGUUUUAGUUUGUGUUUUUUAUGUACUGCACAAUGGCCCUGGGGGCAUUAUAUUUCAUUCCUGCUUUUUGCAUAACCUGUGAGGAGAAGAAUGACAAUAAACUUGAA